AUGUCAAAUAUACUGAUGCAGCAGUUUGUCCAGCGACUCAAGUCAAGAAAUGACGAUGCACGUAACAAGGCAGCACGCGAUCUGUGUUUGUAUGUCAAGAGGGAACUGCGAGAGGCGUCGCAGGAAGAAAUCACAGCAUUUAUGGAUGAAUUCAAUCAUCACAUAUUUGAAAUGGUAUCUGCCUCGGAUAUUAAUGAGAAGAAAGGUGGUAUAUUAGCCAUAGUUUGCCUUAUAGGAGCAGACGUAGGUAAUUUUAAUACACGAACAGUACGAUUUGCUAACUAUCUUAGAAAUUUAAUACCUUCCAACGAUGUAGGCGUCAUGCAAUUAGCUGCAAAGACUGUUGGGAAGUUGGCGCUAGUUUCUGGUACUUAUACAGCCGAAUAUGUCGAGUUUGAAGUAAAACGUGCCUUUGAAUGGCUUGGUACGGACAGACACGAGGGCAGGAAACAUGCUGCUGUACUCGUGCUGAGAGAACUUGCUGUCUCUGUGCCAACAUAUUUUUUCCAACAAGUUACACCAUUUUUUGAGUUGAUUUUCAACGCUAUACAUGAUCCUAAACCAGCUAUAAGAGAAGGUGCGGUAGAGGCUUUGAGAGCAGCUCUGGUAGUUACGGCUCAAAGGGAAACUGUGAAGCAAAUGCAUAAGUCACAAUGGUACAAACAGUGCUACGACGAAGUGAUCGAUGGAUUCGAGGAGGUUCAUUCAAAAGAAAAGGGCAUUAACAAAGACGACAGGAUACAUGGGUCGCUGUUAGUAUUAAACGAACUGCUAAGAUGCAGCAAUGUUCAAUGGGAAAGGAACUAUGAGGCUCUGAUGGAAAGAUUAAACGGUUCUACGCAAAAUGAAAAUGAUAUACUUUCGUUGAUGCCAUGCUUGAAGACAACGAUAGGAUCCAAAUGGGCCGGAUCUACCCAGAACGCAACCGCGUCCGAACACACAUUGUAUCCGGCACACGAGUCAACUGUUUGUAGAUGCUUGAUGCAGGAUAGGCUGGACGAUAUUUAUAAUGACGUUAUGAAUCAAAAGAUAUCUAGGAAUCCGCAUAUUCAACACGCCCUCAUGAUGUUGUUGCCGAGACUCGCCGCAUUUAACAAGGAGAAAUUUAUAAGGGAUCAUUUAAAAGAAUCUUUGGCAUACCUUUUACUAAUCCUACGCAGUCGUGAGAAAGAUCGCUACGCUGCUUUUACAUCGAUCGGCUUUAUAGCUGUGGCAGUGGAGGAUGCGAUAAAUCCGUACCUACCAAAAAUCAUGGAAGUGAUUAAAAGUUUGUUACCAUCUAAGGAAACCCCGAGCAAGAAGCGCACUUCCUUAGAGCCGGCAGUGUUUGUGUGCAUUACCUUACUCAGCCACGCGGUCAAACAGGUCAUAGCUUCCGACGUGAGGGACUUGUUGGAACCUAUGUUUCAAACUGGAUUGAGCCCGAUCUUGACCACGGCUCUCAGGGAGCUGGCGCACAGCAUUCCCUCUCUGCAGGUGGAUAUAUCUCAAGGUCUCUUGCGAAUGCUGUCACAAGUUUUAAUGCAAAAACCAUUGAGACAUCCCGGUGCACCGUGGACAGCAACUAGUCCUAGUUCCACGGCGGAUGACGUUUCUUCGACAGUACUUGCAUUAAAAACAUUAGGUACCUUUAACUUUGACAAUAAUCCAUUGUUGCAGUUUGUCAAGAGAUGCGCGGAUCACUUUUUAACGUCGGAACAAGCGGAAGUCCGAUUAGAAGCUGUGAAGACGUGCUCUAGGUUGUUGAGAUUAACAUUGAAUCAGUCUGGUCCCACAGUAACCACUACUGUUUCGACUGUUUUGGGUAAAUUGCUGGUAGUAGGAAUAACCGACACGGAUCCCGACGUCCGUCUGUGGGUGUUGGCAUCGUUGGAUGAUUCUUUCGAUGUUCAAUUAGCGCAAGCAGAGAAUUUGUCUGCGUUGUUUAUCGCCAUGAAUGACGAGAUGUUUGAAAUAAGAGAACUAGCGGUUCGUACUGUUGGCCGACUUAGCACACUGAAUCCUGCUUACGUUAUGCCAUCGUUAAGGAAAACUUUAGUGCAAUUUCUAACGGAAUUGGAGCAUUCAGGAAUGGGUCGUAAUAAGGAACAAGCCGCUCGAAUGUUGGAUCAUCUCGUAGUGACUGCACCAAGACUUGUUCGACCAUACAUGGAGCCAAUUUUGAAAGUUCUUGUGCCAAAGUUAAAGGAAUCCGAUCCUAACCCCGGUGUUGUGCUGGCCGUUCUGCGCGCGAUUGGUGAUUUGGCAGAGGUAAAUGGUGCCGAGAUGCAACAGUGGAUGUCUGAGCUUUCAUCGAUAUUACUGGAAAUGUUGGUAGACGCCAGUUCACCUGAGAAAAGAGGAGUAGCAUUGUGGGUAUUUGGUCAAUUAGUCGGUAGCACAGGUCACGUGGUAAAACCAUACAUACAAUAUCCGUCCUUGCUGGACGUUCUUAUUAAUUUCCUGAAAACCGAACAGCAACCGAUCAUCAGGAGAGAGGCCAUUAGAGUGCUCGGACAGUUGGGUGCAUUGGAUCCUUAUAAACAUAAGAUGAAUCUCGGACAAAUCGACUGUCAGCUGGACACACUCACCUCAAUGGCAGAUACCAAGAAUGACGUGGAGAACGCUCAGGAUUUGACAACCAGUGAGAUGCUGGUGAACAUGUCACCGUCCACAUUGGAAGAAUUUUAUCCUGCGAUCGCCAUUACGACGCUUAUGCGAAUUAUUCGCGAGCCGACCUUGUCUCAGCAUCACACCAUGGUGGUGCAAGCGGUGACCUUUAUAUUUAAGAGUCUUGGAAUUAAAUGCGUACCAUAUAUCUCUCAAGUCAUGCCGAGCUUCCUCAAUGUCGUGCACACGGCGGACAUGAAUUUCCGAGAGUUCCUAUUCCAACAGUUGGCUGUUCUCAUCGCCAUUGUAAAGCAACACAUACGCAACUAUUUGGACGACAUAUUCAUCUUGAUCAAAGAAUUCUGGACCGUGAAUAGCCCGUUACAGAGCACGUUGAUUCUUUUGGUCGAGCAGAUUGCAAUGGCUCUAGGCGCGGAAUUCAAGAUCUAUUUACCGCAGCUGAUGCCGCCGAUACUCAGAGUACUGACCCACGAUAGCAGCAAGGAUCGCGCAGUGACGGUGAAGCUGCUUCUGGCUCUACAGACAUUCGGGAACAAUCUGGACAAUUAUCUACACCUUGUACUUCCACCGAUUGUUAAAUUGUUUUACGCAAAUGACUGUCCAAUAGCCGUGAAUAAGGUUGCUCUCGAAACGGUCGAUCUUCUUGCGGACACAUUGGAUUUUACAGAUUUUGCGUCGCGAAUCGUUCAUACUCUGGUACGUACAUUGGACCAGUGUCCAGAAUUAAGGAGCACAGCCAUGGACACACUUUGCGCUGUCGUGAUGCAGUUGGGUAAGAAGUAUCAGAUUUUUAUCGUGUUAGUCCAGAAAGUUAUGACGAAGCAUAAGAUAGUCAAUUCACGAUACGACGUUCUAGUAGACAAGAUACUCACAGACUCGACCGCGGCAGACGGCGAAGAUUUCUUACUGAUGAGAAUGCGACACUCGCGCAAUAAGAAUCGCGAGUUCUCUUUAACGCCUUCGGAAACGAUUAAGAAACUGAACGUAUCGGCUUCGAAUUUGCAGAAGGCAUGGACAGCGACGCGACGGGUAUCCAAGGAUGAUUGGCUCGAAUGGCUGCGAUGCUUCUCCAUCGGUCUGCUGAAAGAAUCCCCGUCACCGGCUCUGAGAUCUUGCUGGGCGCUGGCGCAAACUUAUGCUGUUUUACCACGCGAUCUAUUCAACGCGGCUUUCGUCUCGUGCUGGACCGAACUCGCUGAAAACUACCGGACGGAAUUAAUACAGACUCUGCAUCAAGCAUUAAUGGUUCCCGACCUGCCCACCGAAGUGACGCAGACUAUUCUGAACUUAGCAGAAUUCAUGGAACACAUUGACAAAGGUCCCCUGCCAUUAGACAAUAAGAUUCUUGGAGAUACGGCAAUGCAUUGUCGUGCGUAUGCCAAGGCGUUACACUACAAGGAGGACGAGUUUCACAAGAGCAGAAACAGCAGCGUAUUCGAGUCCCUGAUUUCCAUCAAUAACAAACUUCAACAGAAAGAAGCGGCCGAAGGUCUGUUAGAAUAUGUGAUGAAUCACAACCAGCAAGAUCUCAAAGUCCAGAUACGUUGGUACGAAAAGCUUCACAACUGGGAUAAAGCGUUGCAACUGUAUCAAGAACGUCUGGAGAUCGAUUCCGCAGACGUGGAGUCUACUUUGGGUGAGAUGCGUUGUCUGGAGGCUCUUGGAGAAUGGGGACAAUUGCAUGAGGUUGCUACGAAACAAUGGACGAAUCAGACCGACGAUACCAAGCAAAGAAUGUCGAGAAUGGCAGCGGCUGCGGCCUGGGGUUUAAGUCAAUGGGAAAGUAUGCAGAAGUAUGUUUCGUUGAUACCGAAGGACACCCAAGACGGAGCGUUUUACAGAGCGGUAUUGGCGAUCCAUGACGAACAAUACAACGUUGCGCAUCAGUUUAUCGAUAGUGCCAGGGAUCUGUUAGAUACUGAACUAACUGCAAUGGCUGGUGAGAGCUAUCAGCGGGCGUACAACGCUAUGGUGGAAGUGCAGAAAUUGGCGGAGUUAGAAGAAGUGAUCCAGUUUAAGCUGGUGCCUGAACGUAGAGCGGCCAUCAAGGUCAUGUGGUGGGAGAGGCUUCAAGGUGGACAAAAGAUAGUAGAAGACUGGCAGAAGAUCAUUCAGGUACACACGUUGGUAGUCUCACCGCACGACGAUAUGUACACAUGGCUUAAAUAUGCCAGUCUCUGUCGGAAGAGUGGUAGUUUGAUGCUGUGUCACAAAACGCUGGUGAUGCUGAUGGGCACAGAUCCAUCCUUGACUCCAGAUCAGCCGCUGCCGACUACUCAUCCCCAGGUGACCUUCGCUUAUUGCAAGCACUUAUGGGUUGCAAAUAAACGCGAGGAGGCUUACAAUCAACUGCAGCGAUUUGUACAGACCUACUUGCAGCCAACAACAGCGGCAGUAAUUAAUCAAGAGGACGAGAAGCAAUAUGAAAGCAAAAAGAGAUUGCUCGCCAGGUGUUACCUUAAGCUCGGCGAAUGGCUUGAAUCCUUGCAGGGUAUAAACGAACAUUCUAUUCCUGCGGUAUUAUCUUAUUAUGCCGCAGCAACGGAGCAUGAUCCCACAUGGUAUAAAGCAUGGCACGCCUUCGCUUACACUAAUUACGAGACCGUUUUGUUUUAUAAGCAUCAGCAAGGUGAUUCUGCUCCUACGGAGACUGCACCAGGCAACGGAGCGCGCAAUAAUCUCUCCAGCUCACAAUAUAUAUCUCAGUUUACUGUUCCAGCUGUGGAGGGAUUUUUCAGGUCCAUCAACUUGUCGGAUGGCAACUCUCUGCAAGACACCCUCCGUCUGCUUACACUCUGGUUCGAUUAUGGUCAGUGGCCAGAGGUAUAUGACGCUGUGGUCGAAGGCAUAAGAUUAAUAGAGAUAAAUACAUGGCUGCAAGUGAUUCCACAACUCAUAGCCAGAAUCGACACUCCUAGAGCGCUAGUCGGUCGUUGCAUACAUCAUCUUCUCAUAGAUAUAGGAAAGACACAUCCUCAGGCUUUGGUUUAUCCAUUAACAGUAGCUUCGAAGAGUGCUAGCCAUGCGAGGAAGACGGCAGCUAACAAAAUCCUGAAAAGCAUGUGUGAGCACAGUCCGACAUUGGUUCAACAGGCCAUGAUGGCGAGCGAUGAGCUAAUCAGGGUUGCGAUUUUAUGGCACGAAUUAUGGCACGAGGGCUUAGAAGAGGCUAGUAGAUUAUAUUUUGGAGAGAGGAAUGUUAGAGGCAUGUUUGACACUCUCGAGCCUUUACACGCCAUGCUCGAAAGAGGGCCGCAAACUCUAAAAGAGACGUCUUUCAAUCAAGCUUACGGAAGGGAUUUAAUAGAAGCACAAGAAUGGUGUAAUAGAUAUAAAACAUCUCGGAACGUGAGAGAUUUGAAUCAAGCCUGGGAUUUAUAUUAUCACGUAUUCCGGAGGAUAUCCCGACAGUUGCCGCAAUUGACUAGUUUGGAAUUACAAUAUGUUAGUCCAAAAUUACUUAUUUGCAGAGAUUUGGAAUUGGCUGUUCCGGGAAGCUAUAGCCCUGGCCAACCUAUCGUGAGAAUAGCAAGUAUUCAUAGCUCUAUGCAGGUGAUAACUAGCAAACAGAGACCAAGAAAGUUGUGCAUUAAAGGUAGUAAUGGUAAGGAUUACAUGUUUCUAUUGAAAGGUCAUGAGGAUCUGAGACAAGAUGAAAGAGUAAUGCAAUUAUUCGGUUUAGUGAACACUCUCUUGUUACAUGAUCCAGAUACUUUCCGAAGAAAUCUUACUAUUCAAAGAUACGCUGUGAUUCCAUUAUCCACAAACAGUGGUCUCAUCGGUUGGGUACCGCAUUGUGAUACGCUUCAUACGCUUAUUAGAGACUACAGAGAGAAGAAGAAAAUAUUGUUGAAUAUCGAGCACAGGAUAAUGUUACGAAUGGCACCUGACUAUGAUCAUCUUAUACUCAUGCAAAAAGUUGAAGUGUUCGAGCAUGCACUCGAGCAUACCCACGGCGAUGACUUAGCAAGACUUUUGUGGUUGAAGUCACCGUCGAGCGAAGUAUGGUUUGAUCGUAGAACAAACUAUACGCGUUCUCUGGCCGUGAUGUCUAUGGUGGGAUAUAUACUCGGUCUUGGUGAUCGUCAUCCGUCUAACUUGAUGCUCGACCGUCUCAGUGGUAAAAUAUUGCACAUCGACUUCGGAGAUUGCUUCGAGGUGGCGAUGACACGUGAAAAGUUCCCAGAAAAGAUACCGUUCCGUUUGACUCGAAUGUUGAUCAAUGCGAUGGAGGUGACUGGAAUCGAGGGAACAUAUAGAAGAACUUGCGAGUCUGUGAUGUCCGUGCUACAUCGAAACAAGGACAGUUUAAUGGCGGUCCUGGAAGCAUUUGUUUACGAUCCUCUCUUGAAUUGGAGAUUGAUGGACAAUACGGUGCCCAAGGGCAAACGAUCGGACGCUCAAGGCAUGAGUGCCAGCAGCAGUCAGGAACACGGCGAUAUGCUCGAUUCUCUUACCGCCACAUUACCAAAGAAGGGUGUACCGUGUAGCAUUGAAAAUGGAGCUGAUAAUAAUCAACCAGAAGCGCUGAACAAGAAAGCCUUGACGAUCAUAACGAGAGUAAGAGACAAAUUAACAGGGCGUGACUUUUCACAUGAAGAAACCCUCAGCGUCCGACAGCAAGUCGAUCUGUUGAUCCAGCAAGCUACAAAUAACGAAAAUCUUUGCCAAUGUUAUAUUGGAUGGUGUCCGUUUUGGUAAAUGAUGAGAGAUAAACUUUACUCAUCAAAGAUGAACCCUCGUAAGUGUGCAAGCGCUUGCUUUUGCAUUUAUAACUUUUAUGAAAUUAUUAAUUAUGUUCAAGAUUUUAUGAUAAUCGU